CCUCCUGGAAAGUUCCCAAGUCCUCCAUCCCCCUCCUCCGUCCUCUUCCCUAUAAGAACACAUGCACCCCCUUCUCCUCUCCAUCCAUAUUCAAUCGCAUGAAAUCAAGCAAUUUCCUUUCUGAGAGAUCAUUCCCGAGAUUUCCCACAACCCAAUUUCAGUUCUCUGCACUAUCAUUUUCAAUUCCAACCCAGAGCAGAAGGAUUUGAAGAGUUACAAGUAUGGAUACGAGGAUUCUGGGCUUCGACUCGCCUCUGUUUUCCACUCUGCAGCACAUUUUGGAAGCCACCGACGACGCCGACAAGUCCUUCAACUCCCCCAGCCGGAAGUACGUCCGGGACGCGAAGGCGAUAGCGGCGACGCCGGCGGACGUGAAGGAGUACCCUAACUCGUACGUGUUCGUGGUGGACAUGCCGGGGCUGAAGAGCGGCGACAUCAAGGUGGAGGUGGAGGACGACAAUAUGCUGCUCGUAAGCGGCGAGAGGAAGCGGGAGGCAGAGGAGGACGGCGCCAAGUACGUGAGGAUGGAGCGCAGGGUGGGCAAGUUCAUGAGGAAGUUCUCCCUGCCGGAGAACGCCAACACUGAUAAGAUUUCGGCGGUGUUCCAGGACGGCGUGUUGACGGUGACGGUGGAGAAGUUGCCGCCGCCGGAGCCCAAGAAACCCAAGACCAUCGAGGUGAAGAUCGCAUGAGAUGGAGAUCAAUGAAAAUCUCAGAUUGUGGGUCCUUUUCGCAACUAUAGUCUAUGUUUCGUCUCUGUUACCCCUCUGUUUUCGUUCUGUUUCGUGAAUAUGGAUUGGGUGUGAUGUUUGAGUUUCUCUGAUGUAUUUGGGGUUUUGCUGAAUCGACCUGAAACGACCGAGGUGUAAAGUGUCUGUGUUCUUGAAAUCGUUGAAUAAAAUAUGUUCAGUGGAUACUGAAUUUUUAGAGAA